AUGCGUUGCCUUGCGGACGUACCCGACGCCUCGUUUGUGAGCCUACGAGAAGCUCGGCAAUGGGAUGGAUGCCUUCGGACCCGGCAGCUAGUGGUCCCGGAGCCGGCCAGGAGCUCGGUCGUUCGUGUUUGCGUGGUCUACCCAAGCCAUAAGACCUCGCACCCCGCUAUUGGAACCGGACAAGGCUCGAUCUCAAACUGUCACAAGCUCACCACCGAUGGUAUUUGCCUCUGGAAGUCUAUGGCGACAGGACGCUUCUUCUCAUCUUCUGGCGGCGGUGAUGCGACCGAACUUCUCGGCGCCCAAAUCGCCACAUCCGCCGUCACCAGCUUCCCUGUGCCCACCAACGCACGCCCGGAAGCCCGGCAUUUUCACAUACAGUUGUACGCAAAGGGCCGAUCUGACACAGCACAAAACCAUAACCGAUUUGCCGACUUCGUCACCGAAAGCCUUGGGCAUCUCGGACCCAGCUGGGCCAUUGAGACUGCGGAGCCGCCUCCCGCCUCUCAGAGGGCUCAUCAAGGCAUUUUCCUGACAUUGCAAGAGUUCUACCAUCCUCGGCAGGGUGGAAGUAACCAGACCAAUGCAGCUAUGAGAUCACGGCCGGCGCCAGCGGAUACCACCAGGUCAAGGGGUGUUUGGAAAGACCUGGAGAAUCUCGCCGAAGCUUUUAUAAACGCAACCUCGACCCCGCCGUCGCUCCGAGGUCAGCUACGAACCAUUUCCCAGACGAGAUGUGAUCUACUUGAGUCCCUGACGACACUCGAUGCCGCUUUCCAUGAGGCUAAAGGCUGGGUGCAGGCUUGGUCUGGCAGGGGCGAGAGAAGGGAUACCGGACAGGAGCUCACCACUGAGGAAAUACUCGAGUUCGCUCAACUCAUCGGAAGCUUUUCCCGCAGCGCAGACGACACAGCCGCUGCCCUGAACGUCCUCGCGCCGUUACUCGACGAAAGAUACAUCCUGCCCAAAGCAGCCAAUACUGGCAUGGCCGUCAUUGGCACCGUCGUUGCCGUGGCCGUGACUUUCUUCUGGUGGAACCCUAUGGGUUGGACUGCGAGCGCUUUAGGGACUGCCGCAUCGUUCGUUGCUGCGCACGGCACGGCAUCGGCGGUGACGUGCGGCGCUGGCGGUGUCACCGCGGUCGUAUGCGGUGUCAAGGGCAAGAUUGGCCAUGACCAAUGCAAGCUGAUGGACAAAGUUCGCUGUGCCAAAGUGAGAUACCAGAAUCAGAAGAACGAGGUGCUGCGCACUCUUGUCCUCAUCCUUGCUAGGGAACAGUUUCAGUAUCUUGGGCACGAGGAUCAGAAAAACAUUUGUGACAGAAUGGGCAUCCAGAUCAGCCUAUUGGGAGAGAGAGGAUACGAACACGGAGUGCUCAAGACGGUAUGGGAGGAUUUAGAGGACGCUUACAACAUGUACUACAGUAGCCUUCGCGCAGCGGCAGUCGUCAUUGAGUGA